GAGGCCGCUCCCACCGCUGCCGCUGCCGCCGGGCCCGGGCCGCUCUCGCCAUGCAGCUCUGGGUGCUCCUCAGCCUGCUGCUGCCGCUGCUGCAGGAAGCGCUGCCACACGUUAUUGGACAGCCUGUGAAGAGUAAACGUCCAAAAGAACCAGGGGAAAACAAAAUUAAGCCCGUUAACAAGAAAGUAAAACCCAAAACUCCCAAAAUGAAGGAGAGAGAAUCUGCAGACUCCUCUUUGAAGYCCCAGUCCAUACUGACACAGGUGAUGGAUAAAGGUCAUUUCCAGAAACUAGCUGCCACUUUAAACCUGUCUGCAGGACAAAGCUUAGAACUGCGAUGUAAGGGCAGUAAUGUUACUUGGAACUAUCCUUCRUAUUUAGACACCUUUAAAGACUCCAGACUCAGCAUAAAACAGCUUGACAGGUCUAGUCAGCUGAUCCUUGCAAACUCCACUGCAGCAGACACAGGUGAAUACAGCUGCUGGCUUCAGCUGUGCAAUGGUAACAAAUGCAGGAAGGAUGAGACUAAAACAGGGUCAACAUACAUCUUUUUCACAGACAAAGAGGAACUUUUUGUACCUACUCCUGGUUAUUUUGAGAUUGUCUACCUGAACCCAGAUAAACCUGCAGUCAUUCCAUGCCGUGUUACUACACCUUCAGCUAAAGUGACUCUACACAGGGAAUUUCCAGCAGAAGAAAUUGAAACAGAUGGAACUGAUAUUGUUUAUGAUGCAAAGAAGGGUUUUAUCUUCCAGCACCCUACUUCUAAUCAUAAAGGUAUUGUCUACUGCAAAGCAGAGUCACAGGGAGCACCUCAGAUUUCCAUCAGAUACCACCUACUAUAUGUGGAAGUUCCCAAGGGCCCACCCUCAGCCACAAUAGCAGCAUCAUCCAGUAGAGCCGCUCUCAGUGACAGAGUUCAAGUCGUCUGCACAGUCCUUGGGGAGCCAGAUGUGGAUGUGAACUUCAGGUGGCAGUACCCAGGGCAAGAGCAGUAUGAGAGGCCUGUGAUUAUUCAAAACUUCUGGAGAUUGAUAAACAGAGGAAUUGGACACACUACAAGAAUCUCAAAGAGUGUUCUUCUCAUUGAGGAUUUUGAAGCCAUAGAUGCUGGAAACUACGUUUGUAUAGCUCAGAACCUACAAGGACAAACAACAGUAGCUACCAAAGUUGAACUAAAAUGAUAGGAAAGACUACUGGAUGUGGACUGACCUGAAUAUUAUUUGACAUUAUAGCCAUUCAUUUUCUUUAUUAAUGUUUAAAUGAAGCUUCUCUCUCACUGUUUCUUUUUAUAUGUCAAUGCUUUCCAUACUGACUAGCUUGACAGGCCACAACAGAGCUCACUAUGACUAGCACUAGUCAGUUAUGAGUUAAUGAAACUACUACGAAGCAAUAAAGUUUAAGUCUGAACAUGCAUAGGGUGUGUGCAUAUUUAGAAACAGGUGCUCUUUGGGCUUCCUUUGCAGAUGGUCUUUUCCCUUAGACUCUUGCAUGAGGUCAACCCACCGUGUGGAACGUGCAAUUUUAACAUUAAGAAUACUGUAUGUAUUGUUUAAAACAACAACAAAAAAAAACCUAGAAAAGCCUUGUUACAAAAUUAGCCAAUAGCAGYUGUUUAUUUUGCAAGAAUAAUUAAUCUCUGAACAUUAUGAAAACAUAAAUGUGUGUGUACUUAUUUUCAUAUACAUGUAAAGAUAUAAACACAAAUAAAAUUUUCUCUCCUGUUGAAGAUUAAUACUCAGUAGCACCUUAAUAUAUAUUUAAUAUCUCCAGAGACUUGUAAGCAKUUGGGUAUGCUGGAUUUUCCUUUUGUUGUUGCAUUCUUACAACCUUUUAAUAUGUAGCUUACGUAGUAGCUUACUCUUCAAUAGAUGUAUGAUGYUGUGUUUACUAAAUUAUGUAGCAAAUUAUGGCUACUAAAGGUAAACUUGCAUUUAUUUAUAUAUUAACAUUUACAGAAGAAAAAAAAAAGCAAAUGUAACAUUAGAAUAAUGUUCAGGUUUACWGCAAAAUCUCUUCUUAGGUUAAUAAAAGUUCAACUUGAUUGUAUUAAUUUACUUAGGAGAAAAGAUGUUUUCAUUUACACAGAACUAUGUGUGGAUAAAUAAGCCACUGCUUCUCUCACCCUGUGUUUAGUUACUAGUACAGCGGAAGAACUUGCCAGAGGAGAAGGUAAGAACUUGGUAACAACAUUGUUGGACAUUUUGGCAAUGCUUUUGUUCUAGUCUCAAGCACCAAAUGUAUGUAGACUAGAACUUUCAAUACAAAUCUACUCCUUAGUAGUGAAAUGACAAAAACAAAUUUAAUUUUAUUUACAAGGCAUGUGAAAACCAGCUUUUUCUGAGCAUACAAGGAAGCAAAGCAGGAGCUGGUCCCUUGGUUGCACACUUCGAUCUCUCUCAGCCUGCGUUUGACUAAAUCUUUCUUCUGGUGAAGGCGUGGCAUAACCUUGUGCUCCACAUAAUUCAGAUCUUUGAGCAGAGGUCUGCAGCACUGUUUUGAGUAGUGACAGCUCUGAGUGCUAAUGUAAAAAUUGCAGCUUCCCAAUAAAGUCAAUAAUAUGAUUAGUAGGGUAGCUAAUGAAAACAUUAAASAAACUUGCUGAAUGGUUUUUCUUUAGCAUGCAGGAACUUAAAUCAGUUUAACUGAUAAGAGAAAUACCCAUGGUAAAGACUGAAAUGGUUCCAUGCAGGUCUCAUGUAAUAGGCUACAUGGAGAACAUUCCUAAAGAGCUUUAUCAUCUCUGGCCUCUGAAAACAAAUAUCUACAAAAAAAAAAAA